UUUCAGUCAAUCCGCGAGUUUAUUGAAUCACAAGAAAAUUCAUUUAAAUGCCCAAAAAAUGCUAAACAAUUGUCAAUUCAAAACACUAAAUAGACAUCAUUUAACUCAACACCAAUUAUCUCAUUCAUCAAUAAAACAAUUUAAAUGUGAUUUUAAUAAUUGUAAUAAAAUUUUCACAUAUAACGCAAAUUUAAUUCGACACAAAAAUACUUUUCAUUUAAAUGUGAGAUUUAUUUGUGAUUUCAACGAAUGUCACAAAAAAAAGCGACAAUUUAAAUGUGAUUUUAAUAAUUGUAAUAUGAGUUUCAACUAUAUAUCAGAUUUAAUUCGACAUAAAAAUGGUGUUCAUUUAAAUAUGAGAUUUAUUUGUGAUUUCAAUGAAUGCCACAAAAGUUUUUCACAAAAAGGAGAUUUAUUUCGACACAAAACUUAUGUUCAUUUAAAUAAAAAGAGAUUCAAAUGUAAUGAAGAAAAUUGUGACAGAAAUUUUGGUCAGAAAUAUAGCCUAAUUCAACACAAACGCAUACAUUCGGGUGAAAAACCAUUUGUUUGUUAUUUCAAUGAUUGCAAUAAAAGUUUCAGUCAAUCCGCGAGUUUAUUGAAUCACAAGAAAAUUCAUUUAAAUGCCCGAAAAUACAAUUGUAAUUUAAAUAACUGCGAGAAAUGUUUUGCCACUAAAUUUAAAUUAACAAAACAUAUAAAAAGUUUUCAUUUGAAGGAAAAAUCUUUCAAAUGUGAUGAACAUAAUUGUGGCAAAAGUUUUAACAAUAAUUAUAGACUAAAUGAACACAAACGCAUACAUUCGGGAGAAAGACCAUUUGUCUGCCAUUUUAACGAUUGUAACAAAAGUUUUGUAUAUAAGCGUAAUCUUAUAAGACAUAUAAAUAAAACCCAUAAAUGUGUUGAUAAUAAACCA